AAAAAACAGCAAAUCAAAGCAGCAAAACAACAACCUGAAAAUAACCACCAAACAAACAAAAUGGGUAUCCGUGAUCGCAUGCAAGAACGCCGGCAUGAGCGCCGUGAAGAACGCAGUGGGGAGGAGGAAGAAGAUGAAGGCCCCAAGACAUAUGCAAUGCGUGAGAAGUUGCUUCUUGACAUUGGUGAUGACUUUAACAUCAACAGAAUGCAUUGCCGCCGUGGUUGUGGUGAGGCCGCAUUCAUUGCCAACAACAAGGUGAUGCGCCUUCGUGAAACCUUCAAUCUGCAAACUAGCGAUCGUGAAACCUUGUAUCAGAUUCAGGAACGGAAGAUGAGAGCCCGUGAUGCCAUGGCUAUUGAAGAUGCAUAUGGUCAGAAGGUUGCUGAGAUCAAGAAGAAGGUGGUUGGUCUUGUCCGUGACAACUUUGUUGUCAAGGUUCGUGGUGACACAAACUGGGUCAUCCAUGGAUCAAUCCUUGAACAUGACUUUACUAUCUUGGAGGAUGGCAGGGAAAUUGUGACUGUUCACAAGAACUGGAUUGCCCCUGUUUGCGACUGUUACUUCAUUGAUAUCAGUGAAGGAGUUGAUGAAGGAUUGGCUUUGUGUGUCUGCAUUGCUCUUGAAAGCAUGACAGAUUAAUGGCGGAGAAAACAUGGAGUUGCAUCAUUGGCCAAACGUACACUGUAGAGCAGCAGAGCUAACAUAGUUUAUUAGAGGCUGUGAAAUUCAAUUGA